ACACAAUCGGCACACAAACACACAGUGCGUGUGGGAGUGACUGGAGGUGACUUUCGAUGAGAGGUACAAGUAGUUAAAAGGCGAAUUGUCAAAGGCAACUAACAGCUUCACGUUGUCAGGCAUCAUGUCGUACGCUUCACUAGUCAAGGAGAGGAAGCAGAUAGCGUCGGCCAUUGCAAGAGAGGCCCAUGGGGAGUUGGAAGAAGUGCCCCAUCUGGACCUGGGGAAGAAGGUCAGUGUCCCUCAGGAUGUGAUGAUGGAGGAGCUUUCACUGCUCGCAAACAAAGGAUCAAAGAUGUUCCACAUGCGGCAGAAGAGGGUCGACAAGUUCACGGUGGAAGGGACACCAGGGACUCCAACGAAAGUUGAUGGGACCGUGCCUCAGGAUGGGUCAAAGGAGAACUACAGGUCAGAGGUCUACAUCGCACAGCCUGGAAAAGGGAGUGGGCCAACCGUGGCAUCAAAGCCAUUUGGCAAAUUGUCAGCUGCCAAAAACAUCAAGGUUGUCCUGAAUCCCAAUAUCAUUGCUCCAGGGUACUCCGGACCUUUGAAGGAAAUCCCACCUGAGAAGUUCAACGUCACAGCAGUCCCCAGGUCCUACCAGUCCCCCUGGUCUGAAGCAUUGAUUGACCAAGCUGAACUCGUGGAAUCCAUGGUUAACCAGCUGCCAGAGGUCCCAGUCAAAGCUCAGUCACAAACAUUCAGGUGCUUCAACAGAGCUCCCACCCCCUUUGGUGUUCUUGGUGGUCACAGGAGGUUGUUCGAGGCUUCAGGACUCGAGCCCAUGGAGAUACUGGAGGAGCCGGCAGUCAUGGUUGACACAGAGCGCUUCACAAACAGGCCCAGCUUCAACAGGUUGGCCAGGGGCUGGACUGGGCCUCCUCUCCCUGAAUCGGCAGACUUGUGAGAUAGCAAUUCCACAAGGGAGGCUUCACCAAUAAGUGUCCUGAUGUCAGGAUCCUAAAGUGGAGCCAACUCAUCAAAGAAUGAGAGAAUUAGCA